AUGAAAUUAUUUUACUGGUCUCUGGUUACAAUUCUUCUGCUGGCCUUAGACCAGGUAGAAGCAGAGUGCCCGACCUGUCCGAAUCGGACUGAUCCUUGCCAGGAGCUAGCGUUCAUUGCGAAUGAUGACUUUUCAUGCUUCUGUCAGCUGUGCAUCAACCAGUGUGAUGAUAGGUUCAAUUUCUGUGGUGCCGGUUUCCAAUGUGUAAUGAAUCUUCUCGUUUGCCCGGCUAAUUUAUCUUGUUAUGGCAUCCAAUCGGCUGCCUGUGAAGCAUGGUCAGGAACAUGUCCGAGUUUGAAUUGCGCCGACAACAACUGCCCCAGAAGUGGUCGUCUGAUGGACCCGAACAAUUGCGAAACCUGCACCUGCAAUAACCCUUGUAUGGAAUUAAAUUGCCCUGAGGAAAGCCCGUGCUAUUCUUUUUCAGUGACUCCAGGCAGAGAGCCAAACUACCAAUGUGGCUGGCCCAACUACUAUGACUACUAA